CUGGAGUCUUCUCGGGAGUCUCGGCUGCUUUCUUAAAGAAAGCGUCCAAGGAAGUUUGGACAGAUGUUCUCCGGGGAGACGGGCGACGCAGCAAACUCGUUUGCUGGCGUGGCAUGAGAUCCAGCGUCAUAAAGUCGAGACUGCCGUCGGGAAGUCGAAGCGGGGUGUCAAUUGAUAAAUGUCGUAAGUGCCGUUCGUUGCAACUCGAAACGUCUUAAGUCGAGGACUGUCUGUAUUUCACUCAGUAAUCAAAUCACGAGUGUUUGAAGUUGCGUGGGUCUGGUCCUGUGCGGGGAGCAGUUGCAAGUGUUUGGCUGUUGGGGGGGAAAAGGGCAGGCUUUUCCCCCAAAUUCUCUGUCCCCAGCCCUGCUCUGGGUUGAUAGACGUGUCCUGGAAAGAGCGGUAAUGUUUUCUGUCUAGGCUGAUUUCUUCUGUGUACGGUCCCUUCUUCUAAUCAUCUUCUUGUUCGUGCACUGGUUUCAAGAGCGGGAUUAAAAAGCGUCUUGUAGUCGGAGGAGCUCUCACGCGAACCCCAGCAAAGGGUUGAGUGGCCUUCGGUGAAGCAGUACAACCGGCCUGUGUUGAAGAGAGCUCUUAUUGGUCUGAAACGUGGAUUAUCCAAAUCCAUCAAAAGCAGGGCCUAAACCCUCCGAGGCUUAAUCUCUAAAUUAAAACAAAUGAUGAUGCGGUCUUCUUAAUGCCAGAAAUGGCCAUACAAUGUAAACUCUGCCUGCCUGAGACAGGUGGAAACAAUCUCCCACAGAGAUGCGAACCCCUGCAGUUCCUGCAGCAGGCUGCUAAUUUCCCAGCUUGAUUAUAAUGCUUAAAUGUGAAGGUUAUUAGUGCUCUCAUGGCAGACAUGCAUGCGACUGAUGCAUGUGUUGUUGUUCCGUGCGGGUUGAAUGUAAUGGAUGUGUCCUUAUGAACCAUAGGAAACCACCGGCAGAACAGAAAGGAUCCAACAUCAGCUACAGGCAUCCUAUUUUGCUAAGUGACCUUAGACCAUCUCUUUCUCCCCUUCCCAUGACCCUUUCCAAUCCCCAAUUUAAGUUGACAGGCAUAGUUUCCAGGGUGUAGACUGUAGCCGCAUUCAUCUAAGGACAUUAGGCAGACAAGGUAAAUCUGAUAUCUUUUAUUAGAUCAACUCAAAUAGUUGCAAAAAUUGCUUUCGGGUACAAAUACAUAAGACACACCAGUGUUGCCAUGCAGGGUCUUCCAGUAUAGUGCACAUGUCUGUGGUAUGCAGACUGCUAACAUACAGAUUGGGGCUGCCCCGGCCAGGAUGGCUGUAUGAGGAGGGCAAGGCUGAUCACCAGCGAUCGCAAGGGAACUGUGCCAAGCAGCAGCUCCAGAGAAGUUUUCCAGGAGGAUGCAAGUGAAAGCAAACAGUAUGUGCCCUUCUUUAGUGUUUGGAAAUGGCAGUUAAACCUCUGGAGGUGAGUGUCCACCUGGGGUUCUGUCCCUUUCAGCACUUGGACUGUCCAGCUGUCUGGUACCGGGGCUCUAUGUAACAGCAGGGGCAAGGCUGCCUACAGCAUUGCCUGGGCAUACAUACCGGUGGGGAAAGCUCCAUCUCCGUGCAUAAAUUAACUUCAGGGCUGGCCCUUCCCUUUCCUGUAGCAGUAAUGAAGGAUUAACAGUGCACGUUGCACAAAUGGCCUUGUGACAUGAUGAUGCAAAGAAAUUCCUGUCCUAAUACCUUCCCUCUUCUGGCUUGAGAUCCCCUUUCCAUACCCUUUGCAUUUGAUGUAGUUGCUAAGCUUAUGGCCCUUGACCUGAGUCUUGCUUUUUUGUCUGUGUAGCACCCGACGCAGCCCUUGGGUUAGAGCAGGAGGUUGGUGUGUUCUCAUCGCAGAAGUUGAGGCUCUGCUGCAUGUUUUCGGUGGAGCACUCACUUUCAUCCAAACGGAGUGACUCUUAUUCACCCCAGCCACUUCUUGCUUUGCUUCAUAUAAUGCAUAAAAUGUUUCACAGUAUCUUCAUGUUUUUCUACUACGGGUAUCCUUCACAAACUACGUGGGUAGAGGUAGGGGGCAGGGAAAUUUGUUUUCCUUUUAGUGGACUCUGGACUGUAGGUAGUAGAUAUUUUGCAUAACACAUCAUUCAUUCAGUGUUUGCAGUAUUAUGUUGUUUCCCACAAAAGACAGAACAUGGUUGAGCCAUGAAACGCAAGCUUCACGCUGAUGUACCCCACACUAGAUCCAGUGCCCCGAGGAUUAUGUGGUGUAACUAGUGAUUCCAUAACCCAGGGGUGGGCAAUUAUUUCGGGUGAAGGGCUGCUUACUGAGUUUUGGCAAGGCAUCGAGAGCCAGGGGCAGAUAAAUAUUCAUUUUCUAAAUUUUUUAGGGGCUCCGCAGGCCGGAUAGUAUGGCCUGGUGGGCUGCAUCUGGCCCGUGGGCCACAUUUUGCCCACCCCUGCCAUAACCAGACACUUGCCCGUGUCAUUACAGAGACCAUCGUAGGUACCUCUGUUUGCACAGCAUCACCAAUUAAGACCUGGCUUUGACAGAAAAGUUCAUACCAUGCUUGAAUGCUGUUGUGAAGAGCCAAAGGAGCUGGCAUGACUGCUCCAUGUAGGCCAGGGCAGGGCAAAUUGUGAUUUAAACUCUUCAGACCGGGGGUUGUUGAGUAUGGAAGACAAGAUGCCACAUGCAGUUUGCUGAAGUUAAAUCUGGGCUACAACUGUAUCUUAAAACUUCCAUGCAAGUGGUGAAGACGAAUUGCUAGGGUGGAGAUUUCUGAUGCUUGGCCUGAUGGUUGUGUGCUUGCUGUCCUUGCGGGAGGAGGUUCAUGAAUCCAAGUAGCCAGUUUUCUAGUGCUGCUGGCUAAGCAGUAUAGAUAUAAAACAGAAGUUGAAGGUUGAAAUUUUCUCCAGGGAGUGGGCUGGUACAGUAUCUACAAUUGCAAAUAUGCUUUUCCACCAGCUUCCUCGUUCCGCCUGUCAUUCCUCCUCCUCUUCUUUCUUUUUUUUUUUCCCAGCUUAUUCCCUCCUUUUGUUCUUUCAAAGAAACACAUUGAACAAAAGAGGGUAGAGGGAGGAGGGAAACGGGGAACAGAACAGCAUGUCAGAUCUUAAUGAAUUUCUGCAGCUGGGCCUGGGAUUGGCAGGGCUUGCCAUGGAAUUGCAGAUAACCGAGGGUCCCCAAAAUAGCCAAAUGAUGAAAGCAUGAAGAGUGAGAGUAACAGCCUUGCAGGUCCUUGUUUAUUAUGCAUUUAUAAGGUUUCACUAUGGCACUGAUGCAGGGAAUAGCUGUUCUGCAUUUCUUGGAGCCUGCAAACAAAUAUCUGGGCCAAACUGAAGCCUCGGCAGCCUGCUCUUAACCUUCUGCAAAGAGUUAUUUGCUUUCCCAAAUAUAGCUGCAUUUGGUUGAGCAGUGAGGGAGCUGUUCAGGAUGCUGACAUUUGUUUGCUGAUAAAUUAGAAAUAGAUUAAUUGAUUUUAGGUCAUCUUAGUAGGGAGCAGUGACAAAUUAUAGUCUUAAAGUUGACAGUAGUAUUUUAAAACAGAGUUGUUACUAGAUGCCUCUCUCAAUUAGGUGUCGUUGGGGAGUCGCACACGGAUUAGUUCAUUAUGCAAAACAAGGAAAAUACUUCCCGGUGCUUCUGUGUCUGGGAUUGUUGACGUGGUUGCUUUUUGUUGCCUUCAGCACAACUGCCAUUUUUCCUUUGAAAACCAUGUUCUUUGAAACCAUUUCUGCUCACAUGCAUGUUGUGAAUGAGGCAUUUCAUUAAGCAUCUUUUGAGCUAAGAUCCACUUGGUACUUGAUAAUAUCCUUAAUCCUUGUCCAUACCACUUGCCUUGCUUUUUCGUUUUAAUUUAGAAAACUUUUGAACCGGGUUGGGAUAGCGCUCUGAAGGCAGUGCCGAUUUUUUCCCGAGAAGCCAAAAACAUUUACAGAACAUUAUCUGCAAGGAUGAACAGAAUAGAGUGGAACGUGCUGCUUUGUGGAGGAAAUAAAUAUGUCCUGAAUCCACUGUUAUCGAGGCCUAAAAUAGCAGUCAAGUCUUGGCCAACUCUCCUUUUAGCAAAUAUAGUUUGCAUCCACAACUGCAAAUAAAUUGCACGUGCAAAUAUUAGCAUUCACAUGGCUGGCUUCCUAUGUUGUGUCUGCCAACAACAAUAUGUUGUACUGGGAAGGAAAAAAAAAUACUGCGAGUUGUGCCUAUAAAAGGAAGGAUCAUUCUUAUUAACUCUCGCCAAAUAACUUUGUGCAGAGUUUCUCUUUUGGCCUUCAAGGUCAUUUGACAUUUUACUUCUAAAUUGACCAAUAGCUUUUUUUAAGCAGCUUGGGUCCUCGGUCUGUAGAAAUCUAUAUGCAGACUUAUUUAGAAUUGCAGUUGUGCCUCUACUAGGAUGCAUUUGCUGUGAAUUCAUUAGAGCUGUGAAAUGCUUGUGAAAAUGCCAUUGAAGGAUGGAUGAGCAGCUAGACCCUGUUGGCUGUAGAAAGGGCGUAGCUGUGGCAGACAGGUGUGUAUGCCACGGUUUUUUUUCCUCCCCCUUCUCUACCCGCUCCAUAAGUCACUCAUGCCAGCUUGCUUCACCUGUUCUGUAGGAGCCACCGCCAGAAGCCAAAACAGCCUUCUUUUGUUUCAUCCGAGAGACAGAAAUGCCAAUUCCUGGGCACCUUGGAAGUUGCAAGAAGACAUGCUGGUGGCCUCUUCACACCCAGGCACUUAUCAGUAGAGGUUACUAGAGCAGAACUUAAUUAUCUUUGUGUUCUUGUGCGCAUUCGUUUUAUUUGCUGAAAUAAUUGACAGUGUUCACAUCUGUAAGUAGAGAUGCAGGACUCAUGGAGGUUUUACCAGCUUGACUGCAUCGUUUAAGGAUAGGCAAACAAGGGCCUUUGAGUUGAUGUGCUAUCUUAUAUUAGACCAACUAAAUAGUUGGGCAAAUUGUUCUUUGCAGGCUUUCAGGCACAAACACCCUUUUUCAGGCGGAGAAAAAUUUGUCGACAUUUAACUGUAAUGUGUUUUUCCCCAGUCUCCACACAGCAAACGAGUAAAGCGUCUCAGCAUGCAGACACUUCCAAGUAGACCUCUAACUCAAGUCCGAGAGCUCCGUUUUUUUAAAAACAAAAUCUCUUGGAUUCACCUUAGGAGAAUGCUCCCCCUCUGCAAUAUGAAGCAGUGAACAAGCGUCUCCUCUCAGGUCUCAGCCCUCCAAGUUCACAGGCCUUCUUCUGCACAACAGCUGUAUAGUUUCUGAGAGCUGUGAGUGUAUGUGAUGAUGAGUAAAUGUUUAGGCUGUCAAAUGCCCUUUUACUAUAACGCUUCGGAAGAAGAAGUCUCUUCUUGAUAAUCACAGACAAGUGGGCUGUUCAAGCUUGCAACUGCUUGGCUGAUCGACUGAUGCUUCUUCCACCUUGCAUGCAUUUGAAGUGCACCCCCCAGCACUGCUGCAGGCUGUUGAUGUAGGAUUUGGGGAGUUGUGGGCAAUCUAAGAACUGAUCCACGGGAAGUGCUGACUUAAUAUUGCGGCCUUGUGCAUUGGUUUUCUUGCACACUAGUACCCUUGUGGGGUACUAGUCAGGGCUCAGGGAAAGAUGUUUGCCAUAGGUAUGAGUUGACUCUAACAUCUCUUUUGCACUUGAAGCAGCAACUAGCUAACAGGGUUGAGCAUACCUUUUUAUAAACUCCCCUGCCUUGCAUGCCUGGUCUGACUAACUAGAAUUAGACUUCAGGAUAUAUAGUCCGUCUUCCUCCUUCACUCCCCUCUCCCCCAUCAAACCAUCAAACCUAUGGAAGUCAGCUUAAGCAUGCCUGAAGAUGCCUAUGAUCCUCCUCCUUUUUUUUUUUUUAAGAUUGUUUUGAAGUAUCUUGGCUGUGAAGUUUGAUUACUGUGCCUUUUUAAACUCGGGAAUAGUCACACAAGCAAGCACAGAUUCGUAACAACCACGAGGUAUUUUUGAUAAAGCAGGUGAUUGCAGAUUGAUUGCCCUUGGCUAAAAACAGUCUGACAUGCUUACCUCUUCAAACACAGAGCUCACGCUCCUACAUAGCUAAUCUUUGGCUUCUAGCUAUUGUAUAUGUAAUCUAUUGUAAAUUAUUAUUAUUAUUAGAGCUUAACCUUCAGAGAGCAGAUGUUAAACUGAAGGACUCUGCUUGCAUGUGAGAUGAUAACGAAAGUCAAUCUUCUGAAAUGUACUGUAGGGGCACUCGCCCGUUGUAAGCCCUGGUAUGCGUGCCUUUAAAAACUCUGGGACCAGCUGACAGCCACCCCUGCCCAAUGCUUUUUCUUGUUAAAAGGAUCUGGCAGCCUUUCCGGCUGAGAUCUCUAAUCCCUUCACCUUGCUUGCAGCAGGCCCUUCCAGAUCUGGCAUGAAGACCGCCUCUGUGCUAGAACAAACUUUCAUGGAACAAAAAGUCUUAGGGUUUGUUAUAUAGACAUACCCAUCCUAGCAUUCACUGUCUCGCUUGGGUACCAAUAGCGUGAAACACAGCACAGGUUGUAAAACCCCAACCCAGGUUUGUAAAAACCCCAACCCAGAACUGAGUAAAGCGGCUAGCCCAUGCGGAGCUCUGUUUGCAAUGGCUGGUCUCCUACCCCCGUGCCAAGCUAGGUACUGCUAGACAGUCUUGGGCCUCUGUGCCCUAUGCUGUGGUCACAGUGGCAGUGAUGUCAAAACCUUUACAUGAACAGGGCUAGAGGAUCCACUGAUGAAGAAAGAAGGCUUUUCAGACAUAAUCUGUGUUGUAGAUCUGUAGAUUAUGGUCAGUGUUUCAGUCCUGUGUCUUCAGCGACACUUCAUUUUGCAAAGCCCAGUACAGGAGGAGAGUUUCCAGUUGCACACACACACACACAUACAGAAGCUGCUGGAAGCUGCAAAUGAAAUGCGAAAAGAGGGCCCCAGGUUUUCCUGGGGUCUGGGCGAUGGGUUGUAUCUCUGCCAAGGGGCUGAGGACCAGCUGGAGUCUUCGGACCAGUUGGCUUACACAUGGGGAUAGCAGCUCGGAGCCUGGCUGUACCCACACGCUGGGUUUGGCAGUUUCGUUGCACCAGAUGGCUUUCAUAAUAGUUAUUUAAUCCUUCGAUUGUCUAAAUGGGUUUCCUGGUACCAAAACUACAAGGUGUGACUAACGCCCAGCUUGUUGCUAGUAUCAUUAGGCCUUAACCCAAUGUGGUUGUGAGUGGGGAGGUGGUGGAGGAGGGAGAGCCUGGCUCAGUAUUCACAACUUUUACCCUGUAUAGUGAACAAAUCAUUGUCAGUAUAAAGCCUUGCCUUCCCUCGCUGCCUGUUGCACCUCCACCUUCAUUUAUUCUACUCCUUCAUUAUUGUGCCCUCCCAUUUCUUCUGUAUCCCUCAUUUGUUUGUCAUUCUUUCCCUUUCCCUUCCCACGCAUGCCUUCAUUCGCUCACCACCUGUGAAUAGGAGCAUAUAGAGGGGGCGAGGAACGCUGCGUCCACAUCUCAGACUCUUCCUCCAAGUGGUCAGGGAAGGGGAAGACCUUGAGCCCCUCGGAGCUGUGGGGGGGGGUAUCUUUAACCCAGUCAGGAUCUUUAAUCCUGCCUUGCAGCAUGUUUAGUUCCUGCUUAUAAAAAAAGCUUUAGGGAAGUACUUAUUCAGUUCAUCUGUUUUGGAUUCUUCAGGGGUUCAAUAAAAGGGGGCAAACCCUAGCAAGAGUCACUGCAGGAGAUUGUUUCAUAGGAACAUAGUGGCAUGUUCUCUAAAACCUUGGUCUUAAGGUUCACGUUCCCUCCCCUGCCCUCCCUCAGCCAAAAUAUACCUGUCCACAGGUAAAAUUGCACAUGCAGUUGCCAAGUGCGUGUGCUCAAGCAGGUAUCCAGGUUGUAGCCAUAUUGGUCUAGAAACAAAAGGAAUCAGAACUCGUGGGAGAGGUGAUAUCUCUUAUUAGACCAACUAGGUUUUUGCAAAAAAAUUCUUUUAAUUGCAAGCUUUCAGAUGCUUGCUCAAGCAAGCACUUGCAGACGAGCUGUUUUGUAGAUGCAGUUUCUAGCCUUUGUUUUUAAGUUGGCACAUAAUUGGUAAGUGGUGCUCCAAACCCUUGCAUCCCCUGUCUCCUCUUUGCCAUGCCUUGCGGGAUGCCAGCACACGCAGUCCAUCAUAAGCAAAUUAAAAAGUAAACGAAACUAUUACGUGCUGGCAGCCUGCAGUGGGACUUGCACCGAGGAUUCAGUGCUGCCAUUUACCUUCUGGUGUGUGUGCUCAGACUUCCUGAGAUACGUGGCAGUUUGAGCCCUUCCAGAGGCAGGUGCAUCGAGGCCUCGUGGCAUGUGCGGUGCCAAGCACAGUUUGCUCAGUGGUUGUGUGAUGCUGCAGGGCCGAAGCUUGUUGUCUCCCCAUCUUUGGAGAUGCUUCAGCGCAGCCCAUAGACGUGCGUGGCUCAUCAGUGCUGGACCUCUUAACAGCGCAAAAAGGUUCCUCUGUAAACAAUGAAUCCUUGCACUAACAGAGCUGUAGCUGUGAUGAGAUGCUUCAGUCUGGUUCGCUACAGCGGGAGAAUCAGGCUUCUGUUUUUUUAUGUUGCUUUGGUUAAUUAUAUAGAGCCAGAGUGGUGCCACUAAUGCUGCUUAGGCCAUCUGUUUUUGAGGUUCACUGAUGCAAACACCAACCCACACUGAGCCUCCCCCAUUUGUGUGAAAAUAGGCAGGAAUGAAGGAGGUUAUGAGUCUAUUAAAAUGCAAACAAGAGUACAUUAUACUGUCUCAGGGCCGGCCUGAGCAAAGGCAGCUGGGACUCAUUAAAGCAGGAAUUGGAGGAGGAGGCUGUGUUAUUACUGUAGUAUCUCUUUAGCUACCGAGGGUCACGUAGCGCAUCCGACUGAUGUAGGCCACGUCUGUGUUGUGGACAAAGGGUUUGAAUCGCUAAGUGGGUAUGCAUUCGGUGGGUUUUCAGUGCUGCAUUGGUACAAAUGACCUGUUCCACUUCUAAAGUGGAAUAACUAUUAUUAAUCUAGUGCCUCUUUUUAAGGUGCUGGCAAAACUUUCGGUGCAUGAAUUCAUCACGUGAGCAAAAUGAGAGAAUAAUUGUAUGUUGGAGGUGGUUACAAUAUCUGUGGUCCUUUAGCUACUCCAUAUAAAUCAUGAUACCCACUCCGUCUAUAUUAAGGUUUUGUAUUGGAGCAAUUAGUAAAUACCCCAAAUAAGCUGUGUUUUUUCCGGUAUCCUGGACCUGACUUUCAAAGUCAUUUUUUUCACAUACGUAAAAAUGCAGCAGGUCCAUGGGCAAACCAGCCAUACGGAUGUCCAUCCUUGCUGAUAUUGGCAUGUAAAUCUGGUAAUUGCAUAGCUCUCAGUUGUCAAAAUCUGUACUUUGGAAUAUGAAUGUACAUUGUGCAAAACGAAGUUCAGUUCUUGAGUAGACAGUAAUUUCCCUAGGGGACAAAUCCAAUUCAGAAUGGGUAGAUUUGGGUUUUUCCUACCUUUCCAGCUACGUAAUUGGAUGUAGACAGAGGCUUGUCAAUCAGUGAUAAAGUUCAGAUGCUGCAGCGACAAGGUUGUAGAAGAACCUGAAUUCAAUGGGAGAAGUGUGAUUGGAGACGAGGAGCUUGACCCAGGCAUGUAGUACCCUGCACGGGAGAUGCUUCCCCAUGCCCUUCUAAUCUUGUGGGGAAAAAAGCAUUUUGCCGUCUCAAAAUGCACAAAAAUGACAAACUAGGAACUAAUGCAAGACUGAAGAAGGUAGGAAAGCAAGACCUUGUCAUAAUUAGGAUCCCAUAAAGUCUCAGAUUAUGCUGGAUAUGGUGCCUAGACUGAAUUUUCAUCUGUGCACACUGAAAAUGUGGAGUUCAUAAAAUACCUGACCGUAUUUAACUAGACGAUAACACUAAGUCAGUCUGGAGACAGUGAUGAAGUUGCUUAUUGGUUGGAAAGUGUAUCGUUUUGAGAGCGUAUUCGCUUUUUUCCUGCACUAGAACCCGUUUUAUUAAGCCAAAGUGAGGGCAUUUCUUUAAAAAAAAAAAAAAACAGCCCCAAAACAGGAGGUGGUGGUUUACGUUCAUUAAAACGACCUUGGUAGGCAAACAGGGUUCCUUGGGUGAAUUUGAUAUCUUUUAUUAGACCAGCUAAUUGGUAGGCAAUUGGACUGAUGAUCUGCUACUGAAUUUUUAUUUGUCAUGAUGUCUGAUACCUUGUAUCCAAUGUAAAAUUUGCCAUUACACUUCUGGGUUCAGGCUUCAUAAUGUAUGAGGACUUGCAUCUUGCAACAUCUGUGUUGCCAGUGCUUCAUUUGGGCAAACUGCAUAGCCCAUAACCCUGACUUGGAGAGCCUCGCACAGCACUAGUGAAUAUAGACAUACUUUCUACCUCAUUCUCCCCUUGCAUUUCACCUCUCAAAAAAUAACAGUUCUUGCAUUAUACGUGCUGCUGCCUUGCUCUGUUAACAGCCCAGUAACGGCUUCUACUCAACUGGAAUUCUUGCAUGCCAUAUGGCAGAUUACCUGCAGCCAAUUCAGUCCUUUUUAAACUUGUCAUUUCUUUUAACACAGUCACAAGCAGCCCUAAUGCCUACAGAAAAUAAUUCAUUUCUGCCUGCUAAUUAAAAGGGAAAAGUAUGUGUGCCCUUUGCUGCAAGGAGGAAAGUGUUUUAUUAAAACAUUAGUCUUCUUGCAUCAGCCACCAGCAGUAUUUAAGAGGAAAAUCCUUUUGAUCUAUUGCCCGAGUUAAUUCAAACGCACAGAAAUAUGUUUAUAAAGGGAUGCACAUGUUUUUACAAUAAUUCAGCCUUGAAGUAAAGGCGGAUGGUAUUUGGUUUUAGAUUAAUGCCUUUAAAUCAUCUUCUGGAGAGUUUUCAGCCACUUAAGGCUUCGGAUGACUUUGCAUUAGAAAAAUGUAUUAGACUUGGAUUUUACCAAGCCUCCUGUUACGUUCACAGAGCAGCCUUCUGGUGCCAUGAAACUCCAGGGAGUUUUGCCCUCGAUCUGCAACAGAAUCGGGUCAACCUCCCAGUUCUGCAUGCAUAGCCCUUAAUGGGUAGGGUUUGUGGUACUGCACCUCUUGCAGCAUUUAUGCUCAUGCUACAUUAUUGAUGUCCUGAGCUAAAAAUGAACCAUAUGUGUCAGUGUGUAAGAAAUGCUAUCCAGGGACUCGGGAUGUUUAUGUAUCGACACCAAUCUAGCACAAGAUCUGCACUUAAAGUGCAUCAUAAAUCCUUGGUUCACUUUUAUUAGACUCUGACAUAUGCAUUGCAGGUGAGCAGAUGUUGCAUGUGCUGAGGACGCUGCCUUAGCAUGAUUCUCGAUACUGCCGUAUCUUUGCCAGUCACGCUGGUGGAGAGUUGAGAGGACUUGGAGUUAAAAUUGUAUGCAGCGAAACACAUUUUUGUGGAGGGGAGAAGUAGGGAAUGGGUUUGCUCCUGAUCAUGAGAGAACUGUUGAAGGAGACUAAGUGCCCCAUAGCUUUUCUCUAAAUCAAGCGUAUCUCUGGAGGCAUGUGCAAGAGGGCUGAGCUGCCACUUGCUCUUGUCUGUUCUUGUGCUGAAAUGUUGCAUCGGGACUUGCUAAAGCAGCCCUGAAGUCCUGCAAAUGUGAAACCAGCUUAAGCACCGUCCACAUCUUUUCAGGAGGAUGAUGAUAGUGCAUGACCAAGCAAAAUAUGGAUUUGCCCAUUGAAAAGGCUAUUAAAAACCGGGAAUCCUUUCCCAGAUUCAGUGCUGGCCAGUGAACUCUGCCUUUGGUGCAUGCCCGCUGGUCCCAUGCUGGUGUUAGGAUAUGCUGCUCUGGGUCUCUGAGUCCCAGUGACUUAAGCAAACUCCUUGGGCACUUGCACGUGCUCCAGGGGAGGAGGGGGUGGUGCUUUUAAUUCGCUCCAAGAGCUGCUCGAAUGAAAGCGCCACAGCAUCUCAUGUAACAGCGUCCCCGCACUUGAACUCAAGCUUGCUGAAGUGAAGCGCAGGGAUGCUGAUACGCGAGACGCGGGAAUGCGGUCAUGGCCACACUCCAGCAGACUCGAUUAAUCGAGUCCAUUCCAACAUGCUCUGAUUACAGCACAUCGGAGAAGUCUCCACACUUGCGUGCAGGCACGCCAGGUGUGCCAAGGUCAGCUUUUGCAAGUCCUGAUGCAGCAUUUAGGUCCUGCCAGGUGUAACGGGUAUUUUAGAUACGUUCUGUACACAAAUUCCCAAUACAUAAAUGCUUAAAACUGAAAGGAAUACUAACUGGUUUCACGUGCACAUUGAUCGGAUCAUUUACUUUGUGCAGUUUAAGCCUAAGAAACACCCACUUCUGUGUGUUUAUGGCAGCAGUGUGAACUGAGCAGCUUGAAGGUAUUUCCCUUGUUAUUGGCAUAGCCUGUAAAUGGUAGGUGGGUAUUAGGUUGAGAUCUCAGAGGGAUUGUCUAAUCCACUGAGUAUGUCACAGUCAGAUGUUCAGGUGUUAUGGAGUCUACCGUUAAGCCUUAGCAAAGUAAUGUGUGUUUUGUUUAAAAAAAACAAAACAGUUUGCUUUGUGCUUUGGAGAGAACUGCAGUGAAUAGUUCUGCUUUUCGCAUGGCAAAUACUUUUCAAACCUAAAUUGUGCAUUAUGUGCUUUCCUCGGUGUAAACUUUUUCAUGUGAUCUAAUGUUUAAUGGUGAAACAUGAAACAAUUAUGUCCAUAUAAUGGGGAGGGGGACUUCAAAAACUUAGAGAAUUGGAAUUUCUUCUCUCCAAUUACUGGCCCCUAAAUCAAUCCUGCACUAAUUUAUUUGCAUUCUUGGAUUCAACACUUAAAUGUGUGGGAAUUGAUUACCAGAAGAGCAGUUCAGGUCAGAUUGCUGGAAGAAAAGAAUAGGACGCAAUUUUCAAAAUUGACUUUGACUAAACAGAACUGACAGGUCCAUUUUUUGUCGUUGUAAGCCAGACUUGAGAUCUCGAUCUCGUGCAGAUUCCCCCAGAUAAUUGCUUGCCAAGUCAUCGGGCUAGGGUCUGCUUAGUAGUUUGUUCCUUUAUUGUGUUGACAACUCGCUGUUAUCUAACCGGUUGCUUUGGGGAGCUAAAAGACCUUACAAAGGGGAUGUAUUUUUUUUACAAAAGCAAAUACUGUGUCUUUUAAGGGAGAUGCAUGAAUCCUGACUUAGCCCCAUAUGUCAGACUGUGAAAUUCGGACCCACGUACCUGCUGCCUUCUAGCCUACACGCACAUACCAUGCAUUCGAAGAGCUGCAGAGGACAUCAGGCUUGCUAUUGAUUUUAGCCGACUGCAUUUUUGCAGGGAUCGUGGCUGCCUUCUAGAAGGAUGGGGACUGGAUAGGAUUCCCUUUGGAUCCCAUUGGCAAUGUGCAUCCGUUUGGCUAGAGGAGGUUCUUAAGAAGUAAUCUGAGAUUUGCUUUUUCAGUGCACUUGGACCCUGUAGCCAUGAAGAGCAGUGUAUCAAACUCAAUUUAGCGGCUGCUGGAUCAUCAGCCCAACUCUUCCCUCUGUUUUGUCUUUGUUCAAAUAUCAUGUGUUUUGGGGUGAACUCUUCCCCCCGCCAGUGCUCAUCACAAAGGCAUUCUUCUCUAACAGAAUCAGCAAUGAAUGUGAUUGAGCUCACAUGCACUUUGCACAUCAGUGUUGCCAGAUGUAUGAUAAUUAUCACUUUUGUAUGGGAACAUUGGCCUUUGCAAAAGUGGCCAAAAUGCACAAUGAUUCGGUUGCUUUUGUUUGAAACACUUUUCAUAUUUGACUAAUUUGCAUCUCCAGCCAACCUGAAAUAGUCUUUGCACUGUCCCUCAGGGGUGUGCAAUCCCUCAAGCCACGUUGCACACUUGCCUUUCAAAGUAGCCAUGGGUAGCAGCAAAGGGCAACAAUUCUAGCCUGGAAUAGCCUUGCCGCCUUCAAAUUGAAAGAGGAAACUGAGGGAAGUGAUGAUCAGGGUAUCUCCCAUUUGUGGCAAUGUAAUCAAAGUUUAAGAGCCCAAAAGUAUGUGUGUGUAUUUGUAUGUUUUUGCAAUGCACAAUAAUUUGGAGUUUUCUAAUUUGACAUUUCCAAUUUUCAAAUCUAGCAGUACUGGAGCCCAAAUGUGUGUGCAGCUCCCCUCCAGGGUCAAGAGCAGGGGUAGUAUGGACUGUUAGCGUCUCUGCUCUUCUCCUCUUUUUCCUCUCCUCCUCUGUGAUCAUCUAGGACCUGUGCUUUCUCCUUUUUUUCCUCUUACUGUCUUGUCUUCUUCACAGAAGAAGCCCAGGAACCUGGCUGUCACCCAAGUCAGUAAACCAGGGACUGACAUUUCUGUACAUACCUAGUUGGGUUGCUGUGGAGAUCAGCCUUUUAAUAUAUGUAAAGCAGCGUACCUGUGCUAGGUUUGGUUGGUGUUCAUGCCUGAAGGCACGUGAAGCAUUGUUUUAUCACCUGACUAGGUAUAGUAAGUUUGAAUGGUCUCGUGUAGGACUUCUGACAUUGCUUUUUAAAACGGAAAAACUUGCAGUGACAAAUGUGACUGUACAAAAGCACAGCAGCACGCAUUGAAGGACAUCCUGUUGGGGUACAUAGAGGAACCGAUGGCAGAAGUUUACAACAAGACAAAGAUCAAAGUUGAUGCCUUCACGUCACUACGGGUGGACUGCAAAAGGCUGACACAUCUCGGUUCCUGGAGCCUGUCCUCACCAUCAGAGCAAAGGCUAGGCUUUUUUCUAGCUUUGCCAUGGAGACCAUCAAGUUCCCCUGUAAUGGCAUGCUCAGAACAGGGGAAGCUGAACAACAGGCUCUUUUUUGAGAAUAGUUCUGGAGUUGGGUCAGGUUUGUGAAUCUUGGUGGGGAAUUGGAUCUAGACCCACACCUGGAGAAAUAUUGAAGGCUUGUGAUGAGACACAGUCACUGGGUUCCCCGACAAAGUUGGGGACAAAGAAACUGGGAAUCCACCAAAGCUGCAGAAGAGUAUAAAUGCCUUGCAGAAGAUACUAAGAGUUAAAUGUGCAGAAGAGUAUAAAUGCCUCGCAGACGAUACCAAGAGUUAAAUGGAGAACUUCCUUAGAGUUGUAGGAUUUUUUUCCAAAGUCCAUCUGGAAACUGGAGAGAUGUGGAAAAUAUUAAGAAGGAAGCCAGCUCCCUGCUGUUUGAGCAACUAGAGAUGGUAAAAGCGGGGCUGGCUGACAAUCCCUUUGAAUAGUAUUUAGAUGGAAAGCUUACAGGGCAGGGGGCAUCAAGAGAGCAGCCCCAAAGGGACAGGGUUGACAGGAGCCUUGCUCGUGACCUGAACGAGAUCCUUCUCCUUCCAGUUUUGCUGCAGCGGUGACCGUGGGAAUGAUAAAUAGGGAGAAGUGGUGAAGAAAUUCCUAUCCCUCAAAAACCUUGCUUUCCUGCCACUUGGGUGUUGCACCAAGCCUGUCUCUGCCAAUAUACUGGUGAUAAACAGACCCUUUUCAGACGCGUCUUAGCCUCUAAUCCAAAGCUGUGAUUUCAGCGGCUUUUUCCUCUCCAUUUCCAAGUCGGAGCGUCUCGAGCUUAUCACAGCUAUACAUAGCGUGCUCUCAGCUGUGUCCUGUUCCAGCGGGGAUACUGAAGAGCUGCAUGAACUGCUGGGCCAAAAACUUUGCAACGUGUUGUACUCCGUCUAUUGUUGUGUGUCCUCUGCCAGGCAAGGGCGUCCGCAGCGCUUCUGCUGCUAAAUGAUAUCACAACGCUGAACCCAGGAGACCUCCUGCAGCGCGCUGACGGUGGAAAUGGCUGUGUGAGGACAGAAUUACAGCGGUCGCUUGAGCUUUGUAUGAACAAACAGCUAGCUCCAGCUGGGCAAAGUCUCACUAUUAAUGUUUUGAGCUGAAAUAAUGCUCUUCUACAGAUAGUGCUCCCACCUGCUGCAUAAAACUUUUUAACAAACAAAAAAAUAAAGUGUGUAAAACUUAACCUGCAUAGCUACGUGAGAAAUGAUUUCUAAUUGUCCAGCUGCAGCAUCCUAAAAGGACAGAGCCCUUGAAGGGACUUAAACAUAUUUUCAGGCAUGCUACAGUAUGGAGGCUUGCCUGCGAAACAUUAACAGGGACAUCAUUUCGUCUCUAGGUUGUACAAGCCAUCAAGGGCCUUGGAAACUCUUCUCAUUAAUACUUUGCAGUACAAUGCACUGCAAUUCAAGCAAAGCACAUCAUCCUAGAUAAAACUGCUUGGAACCGGAUGUUUCAUUUUAAAUUGGGUUUCAUCAGGUGGAACCCAACAGGCAGGCAGUUAAAUCAGCCAGGGUUUCCUAUUACAAGAAAGCCUCGCACUUUGAGAGCAAGUUCCUAAAGCAGAUAGGAUCAUCAAAAUCCACAAAUAAGUCAGCUACGUUUUGCCCUCCAAGAAGGUAUUGAUGUACUGUAGUGUACUCUUAAAAACAUACCAUGACAAUAGCAAAAUUCUGCUGAUUGGGCAUUUUGACAAAUCCCUAAAAUAAAAUGCAAUGACCUCACAUCACUAACUCUCCCGGCAGCACGCAGAUUUUUUUUCAGUGCAAAGGUGGGCUAACAAGGCUGCUUUCCUCGUGUUAAAGAAAUUCAAGAGAACAGAUCUUACCAGCACCAGAGACUUAAGGGAAGAGUUGUCCCACCUUAGGGUCAGGAUUGUUUGCAUCAAUGCAGCUAACGUGGAGCAGAAUUUGGGUUUGAUUUGGGGUCUUUUUUUUUGUGCUGCAGACACCUUACAGGGGUGAUGCUUUGCUCUUGAGUAGGAUCUGGGAUCUUUGCUGUAACCAUUUGAUACGUUCUGAUUUAGGGGUCUCUUGACUUCGACUCACAGGAAACUCUGAAAUGGGAAGUGAAGCGUAGCGAUGCUCGGAGCCAGGUGGUUCUGCAGCCUUCUCUUCAGAGCGCAUCGCCGUCAAAGCAGCGCAGCUCAGAAAUGACUGAGACGGCAAAUGAGCGAUCCUCUUGCAUUUCAACCAGACAUGGAUAUUUUGCAGAGGUUGCUUCACUUGUACCUGUACCUAGUGUUUUGUCUUGGAGACUGAUCUUUGUAACUGGGCAGGGUUUAGCUGUCCACCCCAGUCUCCUCUGACCCUGGAGUGAGUCAUCUGCUUGCAUCAGUAUCCAGUGCAUCAGGCAGCAAAGAGUGCAAAGGUGGUGUUGCAGGGUAAAGUCUAGGUUCAGGACAGAGGCCUAGAGAUGGAAAACUGAACUAAGCAAGCCUGAUUAGAAACUCAUAUUGCAAUGUUUGGUUUCUUGUUCCCAGAAUAGAAGCCUGUCAGCAUAUCUGAUUUCGUGCAGGUUAUACGGUUGCAUUUCAGGUAGCGAGUGUGAGCUCAUCCUUCUAAAUACAUCCAAACCUUAGCGGGCUUGACCAGUUUUUCCCACAGUAGUGUGCUUCAGUAGCAUAGUGCCACUUGUUAGCCUUGUUACGCUCAAGCUAGGCCUGAAAACGAAGUCCCAAGGUGAGGCUGAUUUGUUCUACAAUCAGGGUGACUUUUUUCUCGUCUGCUGAAGAUUGGGCAGAGCAAGUGGGUGGUCUUGCUUGUUCCUCCAACCACCCCUUGGGCUUUAGUAGACAAUCCAGAAGUGGGUCUGAAAUCUUCUUGCUUAUGCAUCGUCCUAUAUAAUGGCAACUGAUACCACCUGCCCCCAUCCAGAUGUGGUUCUGCACCUGUUCUGCCGUUUCUGAAACUAAUACAGGUGGUUGGUCCAAUGCUUCGUUGCUGGGAUUCUGGAUGUAUUGCACCCAAAAUGCAGCCCCGUACACACGGGUCUUAACCAUAGGAAGCUACUAAGGAAACCCAGGUUCUAGCAGUAACGCAGGUGAAGUCUUGUGCUUUUCAAAUUACCAUCCUGCUUGCAUACAAGGAUCCUUCACUGGAGUGCUUUUUGGAGCGUUGUGCUUUCUAAAGAACAUCCCAACAGUUCCUCGGGGAAUUUAGAGCUGUCAGAUUUACUUUCUGGUGGAAAUGUCAAAUUCUGCAAGUUGUUAUAGAUUCCCUUAAGCCAUUACUCGUUAAUUGUAACAGAAUAAAGGGCACCAAAAGCAAAAGGGAAAGAAAUACCCGCAGCAGUGCAGUUGGUCUCGAGUCUCCUUACAAAUUAAUUGGGUUUCAGGGUUACUUGGAGGUUUGUUUUUAUUUUAUUUAAGUAAUUUGAACAAAAUAGAUUGAUGCAUUUAGGACUGGAUGGAAACUACUUGGGGUGGUUACUACAGAAAUAACUGAUUCCAUUUUAAAGUCUUUGCCCGACAGAGCGUUUUAAUAUAAUAUAGGCAAAACUGCCUGGAGAUCUUUUCUCUUGGCAUGCUUAUUAACAGCAACUCUUUUCUACUCGGUUCAGUAGGAAAACUGGCGUGGUUUUAAAUUAGAGGUGCGGAUAUCCUUGUCAUAAAUGAUCUUGGCUUGCCACGGACAUUGCAGAUCUUGUAAUUGCAUGGAGAGUGUUGUGUCGCGGCAACUUUACACGAUGAUUAUGAUGUAGUGUUGGGACGUGUUUAAGGCCUAACUACCAGGUAUCCGCUGGCACUGUCUAAACAGCAUUGGCAAUGUCUCUAGAGCAGUUCAGAAGAAAGUAGAAGGAAGGAGAGCUUCCCCCCCCCACUAUAUUUUGGUUGCAGCAUGCUUCCCCUUCCAAAGUUGGAUGCAUAAAAGUUAGGCACUAAAUAAUGAGGCAGCCCGACUAUCUUCCUGCUUCUCCACACCCUGCCUUUCUACACUGCGAAACAAAAGAAACCCCAGAGCAUGUGAUCUGAAUUCUGGUUAGCUGUUAAAGCAGCAAAGACGAGGCAGCAUGGGUUGUAUCAGAGGUGGGCAGCCAGGUGAAAGCCUGCGUGCGAGUCUGGGAUGUUUUAACCAGAGUUAAACACCGUUGCCUCUUUCCAGUUUGGCUUCUAAUAAGUGUGGCUGCUUGCUUAAAAUGUUGGAGAAGGAAGCUAACAGUAAAAGCACUUGAUCAAUAAGAAACCGGGUGUGCAAGGGAAUACCUUCAGACCGCAGCUCUCAUGACUUCAGAGAGAAAGAACUGCAGUCCUUAGUUUUCAAUGUAAAGCUGCUCUAAUUGUGUUCCUCCAAGGAUAUGGGAAUCCCCAUUUGUUUGAAGAAUCCUAUUGUUUUUCAAAAUCCUACCAAACUUUUUUUUUUUUUUUUUUUUUUAAAGCACCCUCUUCCUCCCUGCCUAAAUCGUCUAGUACAUCCAGCAUUGCUCGGGAACUGAACUAAGAGAUGUGGUCAGGGGAAAGAAAGCGAGAGCUUUGUCUGAGCAUGCAUGGCGUACCUGCUAAGAUGGGGGGAAGAAAAUGUGGAAUAUUAGGAACUGUAGUAAAAUACUAAGACUUGGUCAGAUGUUAGUGGUGAUGAUGUAUGAACACGACCUGACGGAAGAUUUUCUGUAUAAUUUCAGAAUGCCUAAUUGAAUCUAAAUGUUCAGCAGUAAAUAACUAAAACUUGCAGUCAAGUCUUGGGGGCAGUGUCCAUUUUCCCCUGCUGUAAUGUGAUGUGUCAUUAACUGUUAAACUUCUAGUAGCUUUUUCUCCUGUGCCUUCUUUUUUUAGGAUUCAAAAUGGGCACCAAAUACUCUGUUUUCCUUCAAUAGACCUCUCCAUGUUGUUAAUACUGUCACUUAUUGAGCCAGGCUCCACGUCAGCAAGGUUUUAGUUUUGGCUAGAAACCUAUUGCAAGAUGCACACAAUAUUGCUUUUCUGAAAUCAGAAAAAAACCCACUCAAAAUAACAUUUUUAAGUUUCAUUGAUUCCUGAAAAGCAUUGCUUGCAAGCAGGCUCUCCUUUUCUGCCGACUAUAUUAAGGUCUUCGUUUAAUUGGAUAGCUCUUUCAAAGAGGUCAGCUUCUUAAAGCAAAUAAAAAGCUUUUAUCUUUUUUUAGGAACUCCAAAGUUCGUGGCCUUUUAUAGAAGUUUAAAAUGUUGAGACUGGUAUAUUUUUUGAGGCCACGUUUUGUACAAAGGUCUAUUAUCUUAAGACUUCAUAGAGCUGAUGCCGUUUCUGAUCGCAGAGGCCAUGAACUAAUAAUGUUCAUUCUUCACGGUGUUGUACAUUUUUACAGAAGGCGUUUUAUCUCCCAGCGCUGCUCUCUAGAAUUUUUAGAAGACAUAGUGGAAUAUGCCAGUGCGCGAAGAACCAAGCACAUAUCUGGAUCUCCAAGACAUAAAAGCCUGAAGAAGAUGCAUUUCAUCAAGAACAUGAGACAGUACGAUACAAAGAAUAGCAGGAUCGUACUGAUAUGUGCCAAGCGAACCUUGUGUGUGGCUUUUUCCAUCCUGCCAUAUGGGGAGAGCUUACGGAUAAGUGAUCUAAAAAUGGAAGGGCAGAAGCAGCGGCAUCCUUCUGGCGGUGUUUCUGUCUCUUCGGAGAUGGUUCUAGGCAUGGAAGGAGUGGAGCUCGGUGCUGACGGCAAGGUUGUGUCCUAUGCAAAAUUCUUGUAUCCAACCAAUGCCCUGGUUUGCCGCAAAAAUGAUAACCACAGUGUUGUUCCUGCGUGUCGAUCCAGCGCUUCACGAAGUCUUCCAGGGUCAAGAUACAAAACCGUAACAACUAAAACCAUACCAGCCGGAACAGAAAUAGGAAACGAAGCUGGAGAGUCAACAGAGUACGAUCCAAAUCUCCUGGAUGAUCCUCAGUGGCCCUGCGGAAAGCACAAGCGUGUUCUCAUCUUCGCGUCUUACAUGACCACCGUAAUAGAAUACGUGAAGCCUUCGGACCUUAAAAAGGACAUGAAUGAAACAUUUAAGGAGAAGUUUCCUCACAUCAAGCUGACACUGAGCAAAAUUCGAAGCUUGAAGAGAGAGAUGCGGAACCUGAGCGAAGAGUGCAAUCUGGAGCCAGUGACUGUGUCGAUGGCAUACGUUUACUUCGAGAAGCUUGUUCUCCAAGGCAAGCUCAACAAACAGAACCGCAAACUGUGCGCUGGUGCUUGUGUGCUGCUUGCAGCCAAGAUCAGCAGUGAUCUCAGGAAACAUGAAGUCAAACACCUUAUUGAUAAACUAGAAGAAAGAUUCAGAUUCAACAGACGAGAUCUCAUUGGAUUUGAAUUUACAGUGCUUGUAGCUUUGGAACUGGCCCUCUACCUUCCUGAAAACCAAGUUUUACCUCAUUAUAGACGUCUCGCGCAGCACUCGUAACCAAAGCUACAUUCCAGCAGAUCGCCGGUGGCUCUGGAGAUGAACAGCAUUACACAAACACUUUGCUGCUGAAUUUGACACUUGCCACUGACCUUUCCUAUGCCAUAAUGUACAUCCUCCCAUGCCUACAGCUAGUUCAAAGUCUGCAGCAUGACUUCUUAAGCAGUCAAGAUGUACAUUAAUGAUGCAUAUGCCAAGUCUGGGAGAUGGUAUAGAAAGGGUUAUUGAACUUUUAUUUUUCUUUGGACAUUAAAGCACAAGUGAUUCAAAGCCAGCUGCCAUUGGCUGCUGGCUAUUCUUAUUUACCUUUUCAAUUUUAUUAAGAAACUGUCAGUUCUUCCUACAAAUGAUGCUACGCUAGUUGUUCCCUUGGAUUUUUUUUUUACCUUUAUUUUGUUCCUUGAGUCUAACGGGAGCAUCACUUCCAUUCCAAACGAUACACUUCAAAUAAUAUUUCUAAGAAUUUUCUUGCAUUUUUACAUUAACGAAAUGCAUAUUUAUUUUUUUAAAGAUGUGCCUAAAACUGACUGGUCUGGUACCAGCCCUUUUUAAGUUAGUUAUGUUGCAUGGUGGUGAAUCCUGAAUAGCCAUUUAUUCUUUACCUGCAUUUGCCUUGCAUAUGGUGAAAACGAUUCCGGUAUAUCUGCACUAAUAUCACAUGGGGGGGGCUGUACUAUAAAUCGGUAGGUCACAAGAUUUUAAAAUUGUUCUAGUUCGGCUUGCUUAAUACCUGAUUACAGGUUUGAUUUUAAAAAAGGAGGAAAGAUGAUUUGAAAAUCCGGCCAUGAAUUAUCGCACUUGUUGAACAAGGUACCUGCAGCAAAGUAAUUGCCAUCUUCAUUUAUUCUUCAACAGAAGAUAAUCGCUUAAUACCGCGAUUAAAUCAUAUCAUUCGUUGUUUUGAUUUGUGCUACUGUUCUUGAUAGUCUGAAACUAAGCAACGUUUUAUAUACGACCGAGUGUCAUGUAUGAGCUUUUUGUGCUCUGUCCACAAGUGUUUCAGCCAGUGCAGUUAAUGCUACUGAACUAAGCCAGUGAAACAAAGCAUGGCCAGUUCUUAAAAAUGCUACUCUUUUACUCAGUUCUUCCAAGCAUUGUGCCACUGUGACGGUCCUGGGACCGGUCGUUUGCACAUCCGUGCAGCCACUUGGUGGCUGGUCUCCUGCAGCGUUCUGCUUAUGCCAGGGUUAAAUAAUUUCUUCUAGUCCCAGCUAUUCUUCCAUUUGGGGGAUGAGUUCUGAAGUGUUUUGGACCCUUAGCAACCAAGUUAGUGGCUCUUGGGUUUUUUAUCUAAGCAAUAUUAUGAUAUAAAUAAGCUGUCUUGUUUGUGAGGAGCAAAAUUUAAAAACUCGGGUGUUGUGAUUGACAAAUGUUGCGUUUAAGUUUGUGAACCUGUCUCGGGUAUUGGACCUCACUGCAGUAAGGCUCCCCGGUCUCUGGGACGAAGUACUGUCACUUCUAACUCCUGCCGUCAUGAUAGGCACAGACGUGGAGCUGGAGGUUUGUUAAUCGGCUGCUUUCCCAAAGGGCAGCCUGACUAAAAUUUGCAGCAAACUUACUAGACCCUCUUCCUGGCUCAGCAGUGUGAGGUGUAAUUUUAAUACAGAUAACUGCAACGAUCCCAACCAAGUCACAAACUCUGUUAUGUUUAAUAGCUUUAGUGCAAGUGCAGCUCACGAGCAGUACUCAGGACGUGAGCUUUAGUGUCACCUUUGUGCAAAGUUGGUGCAAUGGGUAUCUUUUUAAAUCUAGGACAGUUGUAAGAACAAAGUGAAAAGAGAACAAAUGUCCACCUUGCCAUUUUUUAUUCCCCCCACAACCAAAAAAAGGCUUGAGAAACAUCCCACUGUUUUAAAUUUGCUGAGCGUCCCUAAGGCCAGUUGUGGACGUUCUUGUGCAUUGAAGUAUUAAAUAUAUCUGCUUGUAAAUGGGUUUGCCAAUUGAAAAAAGCUUCACUGCAUUGCACUCAGCGCUCCACAAUCUGCUGCAGAUUCCUAGCAACUCAGCCUGUAUCCUUUUUUUGCCUGGGUAUAAUGAAGGUAAGUUCAUUGGCACUUGAAUUUGGGGAGGAAGGAGUCUUUUCUGUGUGCUGGUUUGCUUGUUCUUUUCCAUAGCAGCACCGGUUAACUUUCCUCUUUAAUAUGCAACAGAAGAAAGAUGCUCUGAGUGAAAUGUGAAUAUUUGAAGGCUCAGCCCUGAAGCCUUUACUUAGACAGAAUUUCCAUCGAAUGCAAUGGAACUUGUACCUGGCAAAUGCCCAUAGGAGUGUAGAUCCUUGCUUCAGUGCAUAGGUGGGCAAGUUAUGGGGUUUUUUAUUAUUCCCCACAUUGCUGGGAGAAUAAACAGCUUUGUUCUUCGUAGAGUUUUGAGCGAUCUCCCUAGAAAUAUUUAUUCCAAGCCUCUGCACAGGCACAUCCCAAGUUCUUGAGCUGUGAAGCCCAAGAUAAUAUGGGCAAAGUAUGGCAUCGUGGACUUGGUCAUUCGCAGUUGGCACUAAAAUUCCUCUAAGAAGUGGCAGGCAAGUCCUGCUUGCUACGGCAGAAAUCUUGUUUCAAAGUCAUAAGGACCAAACUGUUGUUUUUAAUCCAUAGUCUACAGCUGGCACAGUGGGUACCUGUGUCUGCGACUCUUCUGUGCAGAAGCAGUGCUGCUGGCAAAGGCAGUGACUUGUAUAUGUUUGUGUGUGCAGUGUUAGAGGACUUGGCUUUCUCAUCCCCAAAUUGGAAGGCUUGCAGUCCUGCUGGGUUCAGCUCAUCCUUGUAUAUUUAUCUUAUUAUAUUUAUCUUGUCAUACAGACACUGCCACUGUGUGGCAAACUGUUCUCACUGCAACUUUAUCAAUGUAAAAACCAAAAUGGGACGCAAGGUGAGUUUGGAGAGAGGUUUUACAGUGUACGUACCAAAUUAAAGAAACAAAAGCUCUUUGGUUGGAAAAGAAGUGCUGGUUUCUACACCGGCACGUCGGGUUUAAUUGUGUAUGUAACCAUGUAAAUAUGGUGCUGCUUUGACUCGGCACAGAAAAUCCUCGUGGGAGAAGCGUGUACUUUUUUUUUUUUAUGUAGGCAAUACUGUGCUCUGGUUUUGUGUCCCAGUAAUUUAAUUUCAACUCUAUUUGUAAUUUGUCCAAUCUUCCAAGGACAUUUGUGACAUUAAGAUGCUGUGAAAUAAAAAUUGGUUUUUUUAUACAUACUUUGUAACCAACCAAAUUCAAGGUGUGUAACGUAUUGUCUCUCUUUAAAUCUUCCUUGAAAGUACA